AUGGUUAGUGUUGUUUCGGGGUUAGGUGAGAGGUACAUGACUGUUAAAGCAAUUGUUAGGGAGUUAGAGAGUGUUGGUUUUUUUGUAAAGGCUCGAACUUUCUUGCUUUUGUUGAGGAUUUAUUGGCAUGGCGGAAUGUAUUCUAUGGUUUUUGAAGUUUUGGAGGAAAUGGGUAGGUUUGGUUUUAAGCCGAAUGCGUUUGCAAGGAAUGUGUUAAUGGAUGUUUUGUUCAAGAUUGGUCGUGUUGAUGUGGGGAUUAAGGUUUUGAAAGGGACCCAGUUGCCAAAUUUCUUGAGUUUAAAUAUUGGAUUGUGUAAUUUGUACAAGUUGAAUGAUUUGGUUAAUGUGAAGAAUGUUACGAGGAUGAUGUACAUUUGA